AUGUUGAACAUAUUGGCGUCACUUGAGCAGAUUUUUGUGUCACUGGAGAUGAUGGAGAAGACACGUAUUGGAGUUACACUUUCGAGUUUAUCGAGGCGAUCAGACGAUGUAGAGAUCCAACAGAGAGCGAACAAGUUAUUAAAGCUGUGGAAGGCAAGAGCGAAGAAAGCCAUGAGGCGUCGAGCUCGACGUGUCGAGACGUAUGGACGCAAUUACGCCGAUUACGAACUUUGGACGUCGCGCAUUGCUACUCCAGGAAUCAAUGUACGUCGACAAGUGGAGGCUGGACUUGUGCUUUGA